CAAUAAAACGCCCACAUCCACCUGCCGGGGUUGUGGGUGGCAUCGUGACACAUAAUCUCCUACGAGACACAUUCACAAUCCAAACAUGGCUACUCAUUGGUGCCGUUCUGCAAUCCCUAUUGACAAUUCUGCUACCACUCCCCUGCGCCAUCCUCCCUGCGAUCUGUCUACUUUCGUGGCGUGCUAUGCAUACCAUGCUCAUAACAUGCGGGUUGAUCAGAAACACGAACAUGGAUGAUGUGAUUAUGGGCAAGUUUUCCGCGCAGAUCCCCGGGAGAGAUGGGGUGAUGCCGAAGAAGGGGGCAGAGGAGGAUGCUACGGUGAUUUUGCUGGGGGCGAGAUCGAAUCAUCCCCUUGGAAUCUUCGGCCCCGGGUAUCAGCAGAUAGGUGAAUUUCAGAACAAAAUGCUAGCGCAGCUGGAUGGCAAUGCAGAGAAAUAUGGCUUCCUCGGCUCCACAACAUACCUCGAAGCUACCGCACGCCAAACUAGCAACCAAAUCAUAACAGCAUGUUACUUCCGCUCGCUCGAAGAACUGCACCGCUACGCACAUAGUUCUCUGCACCGCGAGGCAUGGAAUUGGUGGAAUGGCGUUACCAAGACGCAUCCGCAUUUGAGUAUCUCCCAUGAGGUUUAUCAUGCACCGAGGGGGUGUUGGGAGAAUAUAUAUGUUAAUUAUCAUUUGACUGGAAUUGGGAAUAUGAGGGCCGAUAUGAAGAGUCCCGAGGAAGGCGUGAGGCCGAUUGUGGAUGCGAGGAAGGGAGGGUUGAGGACUCAGAUGGGACGGUUGGCCAAGGGUGAUGGGGCGGAUAAUGAGAAAUAUGGGGUAGAUCCUUAUUAGUUCCGGACAUGGGCAGGGAAUAUAUAUAGGUUGACUGAUAUCAUAUUAUAUACUGGCAUAAUUC